AUGUCCUGGUUGUUGGCCAUGUGGAUUAGCCUCGGCUUCCUGCUGUUGUGCCAGGCCACCCUCUACCAGACCAUCCAGCAGCACCAUGUGGCCCGGCCCGGCCGCACCGACAUUCUCACCCUAGAGGGAGGUACGUGUGAGGUGAUCGCUGCCCACCGAUGCUGUAACAAGAAUCGUAUCGAGGAGCGUUCGCAGACAGUCAAGUGCUCCUGUUUACCGGGGAAAGUGGCCGGGACGACACGCAACAAACCCUCCUGUGUGGAUGCGUCCAUUGUAAUUGGAAAAUGGUGGUGUGAGAUGGAGCCGUGUCUGGAGGGAGAAGAGUGUAAGACUCUGCCUGACAACUCCGGAUGGAUGUGCUCCUCUGGGAACAAAAUCAAGACCACGAGGAACACCCAGCCAUACUCCCCUUUUUAG